UAUUGAAUCUCAUAAAUGAUUUGUCACUUAGUGCUUAAUUUCUCCAUUUCUUUUCACAGUUCUAAUCUUUUACUUGCUCAAAUAGAACUGUCCAACUCAAACUAGAGAUAUCUUGUCAUUUUGGGUAAUUUUCUCUCAUUCGCAUUUUCCAAAACAUAAUCGAGCUUUGAACUUGAAGAUGGGUGCUGAAAAGAAUUUCAUUGACAUGGAGGAGGGAACUCUGGAGAUCGGAAUGGAGUAUAGAACUGUGUCCGGUGUUGCUGGACCAUUGGUCAUUCUUGACAAAGUUAAGGGUCCAAAGUAUCAGGAGAUUGUCAAUAUUCGUUUGGGUGAUGGAACAACUCGACGAGGUCAAGUCUUGGAAGUUGAUGGAGAGAAAGCAGUUGUGCAGGUUUUUGAAGGAACAUCUGGAAUUGACAACAAAUACACAACUGUGCAAUUUACAGGAGAGGUUUUGAAAACUCCUGUGUCAUUAGAUAUGCUAGGGCGCAUAUUUAAUGGCUCUGGAAAACCCAUUGAUAAUGGACCUCCUAUUUUGCCCGAGGCAUACCUAGAUAUUUCUGGGAGUUCCAUCAAUCCUAGUGAGAGAACUUACCCUGAAGAGAUGAUUCAAACAGGCAUAUCAACAAUUGAUGUGAUGAACUCAAUUGCUCGUGGACAGAAGAUUCCUCUUUUUUCUGCUGCUGGUCUUCCUCAUAAUGAGAUAGCUGCUCAAAUUUGUCGUCAAGCGGGUCUCGUAAAGCGAUUGGAAAAGUCUGAUAAUCUCCUUGAUGAUCAGGAAGAAGAUAAUUUUGCCAUUGUGUUUGCUGCCAUGGGGGUGAACAUGGAGACAGCACAAUUUUUUAAGAGAGAUUUUGAGGAAAAUGGAUCUAUGGAGAGAGUGACCCUUUUCUUGAACCUGGCCAAUGACCCCACUAUUGAACGAAUUAUUACACCUCGAAUUGCCCUCACAACUGCAGAGUAUUUGGCUUAUGAAUGUGGGAAGCAUGUUCUGGUUAUAUUGACAGAUAUGAGUUCUUAUGCAGAUGCUCUUCGUGAGGUAUCUGCUGCUCGUGAAGAAGUCCCUGGAAGGCGUGGGUAUCCUGGUUACAUGUAUACUGAUCUGGCAACAAUUUAUGAACGUGCAGGGCGUAUAGAAGGAAGAAAAGGUUCCAUCACCCAAAUUCCCAUUUUGACCAUGCCUAAUGAUGAUAUAACACAUCCUACACCAGAUCUGACUGGUUAUAUUACUGAAGGGCAGAUUUACAUUGAUAGACAACUUCACAAUCGACAGAUAUACCCACCAAUUAAUGUACUCCCUUCACUCUCUCGAUUAAUGAAGAGUGCUAUUGGUGAGGGGAUGACUCGUAGAGAUCAUGCUGAUGUGUCCAACCAGCUCUAUGCAAAUUAUGCUAUCGGAAAAGAUGUUCAAGCAAUGAAAGCUGUAGUUGGAGAGGAAGCACUCUCUUCUGAGGAUCUGCUUUAUCUGGAGUUCCUAGACAAAUUUGAGAGAAAAUUCGUGACUCAAGGUGCUUAUGAUACUCGCAACAUCUUCCAGUCGCUUGAUCUAGCAUGGACUUUGCUUCGUAUCUUCCCUCGCGAACUUCUCCAUCGUAUACCUGCAAAGACACUUGACCAGUACUACAGUCGCGAAUCGUGAAUGCAAGAAGCCGAGCUGGUAAAGCAUUUGCCUUUGCUGCAUGGCCUUAACCCAGUACUCCGUCUUGGUGAAUGGCUUCAUUGCGGUGCGCUACAUUUGUUUCAUUUCCUUUUCAGAUACAGUUCCAAUCAAGUUCAUGCUCUGUGAUUAUAAUUUAUUUUAGCGGUUGGGUAUUCUUUGUUUUGAGAACACAACCCAUAAGCUUUUUCGAGAACAUCAUUUUCAGCUUGUUAUUCUCAUUCAAACCUGUUGUUAAGAGUUGGAUUGCCAAGGAAAAGACUGGUUCUGUUUUAAGUUAA